AUGACACAAAUCGGUCUCUACCCUGCUGCGCUUACCAAGCCAUUCGAACUGUCGUUGUCAGCCAUCAAGUCUGUAUUGGAACCUGAGAAUCCAUCAUAUUCAAAACGUGUUCCAAACUGUCAAAAAUGCGGACAACACGGACGCAAGUCUCGACUGAAGGGACAUAAGAGAAACUGCCCAUUCCGCGAGUGCCCAUGUGCAAAGUGUGCAGUUGUUACCGAGCGCCAGAAGCUCAUGGCCGAUCAGAUCAAGAUCCGUCGCCGCCAAAGAAAGGAUACAUUGAUGAACUUCACCAGAGAACAUAUCACUCAGACAAUCAACGCCGCCACCGCAUUCUCAAACAGUCAAAACAGUCUUCAGAAUCUGCACUCACUACUUUACGGAUCCAUCAAGACAUCACCUCAACCAUUGCUCUCUUCGCCAACCUCUUCCGAUGCUUCAUCGUACAGUCCAUCUCUUCCAUUCUCUCCAUCACUUCCAAGCUUCAUGUCAACAUCAUCUGGUAGUUCACCGACAUCACAGACUCCUACAACCAUUCCACUCACCCCAACUGCCCCAUUAAUGGCACCACUUCCAAUGAGUACUGGAUUCCAUCUGAAUCCCCUGCUGGGACUCACAAACCAAACACAGGACGCAGCUAUGUUACUCCAAACCAUUCUGGAUCAGUACAGACUUCUUGAGGAGGCAGCAAGUAUGUCGAUUUCAUCAAGUCCUUCAAAAGAUGAAGAUAGCGGUGAUGAGGAUAGUGAUGGAAUGAAUUCAAACGCCAUCAUUGAUGUCUGCACAGUCUGA